UUUGAACAGGCCAUCAAGGCAACUAUACAGGCCAUUCAGUUGUCUGGGUUGAACAUUUCUACACAGCAGGAUGGAACGACUGUGUUCUGCCACCUUCCCAAAAUCACUAGAGAGCACAGAGAAUCUCUAGCUAAAAAUGCAAAGACCUUAUUUAACAAGGCAAAAGAGGAUCUACUCAACAUAGAGCGAAAGUACGUCAAAGAAAUCCAGAAAAAUAAGCAGAACGUCUCAGAAGAUCUCUCAUACAAUGCCACAUUACAGGUGAAAAUGGAAGUAGAAAAUACAAUCAACAAAGCUGAUGCCAUGACAAAAGCCAAACAGCAGGACUUGUUGGGAGGAAAAUAGUUCCUUAGGUAUGGUGUGAAUGUACUGGA